ACUGGCUUCUUUAAGGCUUGCUUCAAUGGGCUCAACGCUUUGUCAGGAGUAGGGUUAGUAUCAGUUCCAUACGCACUAUCAAAGGGAGGAUGGUUGAGCUUGAUACUUCUUUUCAUUAUUUCUGUUGUAACUUGGUACACGGGGUUGCUAAUUCGAAGAUGUAUGGAUCUAAAUUCAAGUAUCAAAACUUAUCCUGACAUUGCUGAGCAUGCAUUUGGGUACAAGGGAAGAAUGGCGGUAUCAAUUUUAUUGCAUUUAGAGCUGUAUUUAGUUGCCACAGGAUUCUUGAUAUCGGAAGGGGACAACUUGCACAAUCUGUUACCGGACAUGGUCGUCUUAGAAGUUGCAGGGCUGAAAAUUGGAGGAAGCAAGCAAAGUUUUGUUGUGAUCAUUGCUCUUAUAAUAUUGCCAUCUGUAUGGUUAGAUGACUUGAGCAUUGUUUCCUAUAUCUCUGUCAGUGGUGUCUUAGCUUCUUUUAUUGUAAUUGGCUCUACUGCCUGGGCUGGUGCAGUAGACGGAGUUGGAUUCCAUAGAAGGGGAGUACUUGUAAGUUUGGCCGGAUUACCAACCACUGUUAGUUUAUACACCUUUUGCUACUGUGCCCAUCCAGUCUUUCCUACCCUCUAUACUUCCAUGAAACACAAACAUCAGUUUUCUCAGGUGCUGCUGCUUUGCUUUGUAAUCUCUACCAUUGGUUAUGCAUCAAUGGCAGUGAUGGGGUAUCUCAUGUUCGGCUCAAGUGUAAAAUCUCAGGUAACACUAAACCUUCCCAUUGAAAAACUUAGCUCCAGGAUAGCAAUAUGCACUACUCUGAUCAAUCCAAUAACCAAAUACGCAUUGAUGAUUACACCAAUACGUGCUGCUUUUGAGAAUGGUUUGCCACGUCGAUACAACAAAGGGCCCAUUAGACUCCUGAUAAGGACCACUCUGUUGAUUAGCACAGUCAUUGUGGCCUUGGUCUUUCCCUUUUUCGGCUAUUUGAUGGCAUUAGUCGGAGCUUUUCUAAGUGCCAUAGCUUCUAUGCUACUACCGUGCAUCUGUUACUUGAAGAUUUUUGGCAAUAAUCAGGGAUUGGGCUAUGAACCAGUGAUUAUCAUGGGGAUUCUGUUGUUUGGAAUUUCAGUUGUGGUUGUUGGCACUUACACAUCUCUGGCGCAAAUAAUACAACGUUUAUGA